GAGACUAGUAAGCUCUCGGGUCCGCGCGUCCGCGGCCUGGCCGGCGGAGAACAUGGCGCUGCCCCCGGCCGCCGCGCCCCCCGAGACUGGCGAGCCUCUGGGCCUGCCGCUGUCGGCGCUGCGGCCGGAACCGGGUGGUGUCCCCCUGCACUCGCCCUGGACCUUCUGGCUGGACAGAUCACUCCCUGGUGCCACAGCAGCUGAGUGCGCCUCGAAUCUGAAGAAAAUCUACACAGUGCAAACAGUACAGGUAUUCUGGAGUGUGUACAAUAACAUCCCUCCCGUGACCAGCCUGCCUUUGAGAUGCAGUUAUCACUUAAUGAGAGGAGAGAGACGACCGCUUUGGGAGGAAGAGAGUAAUGCAAAGGGUGGCGUGUGGAAGAUGAAAGUUCCCAAGGACUGCACGUCCACAGUUUGGAAAGAACUGUUGUUAGCGACCAUUGGGGAGCAAUUCACAGACUGUGCGGCAGCAGAUGACGAAGUCAUAGGAGUCAGCGUGAGCGUUCGGGACCGAGAGGAUGUCAUUCAGGUCUGGAAUGUCGACGCCUCGUUAGUGGGCGAAGCUACCGUGAUAGAGAAGAUCCAUGAACUCCUGCCCCACAUAUCUUUUAAAGCAGUGUUUUAUAAACCCCAUGAAGAGCAUCAUGCUUUUGAAGGUGGACGUGGAAAACACUAAUUGCACUCUGUAAAGAAUUCUUUGUCCUUUGCUGAUUGGUUUUGGAAACGGUCUUAACAGGAGGGAGAGUGAAGAGGAGACUUGCCGAAGCCCGAUGCUGGUCCUUUUAGAGUGGGUUUCUGUCCUUGCAGACCGGGCGAUUAGGACUCAAAAGUGGCAGGUGGGGAUGGGGGAGAGCUUGUGGGUUUCUGCCAUCAUAUCACUUGCUUUAAAAGAAAAAAAGAAAAGAGAGAAAGAAAAAGAAAACUAAUUUUUUUUUGAAGCUUUCUAAAUUCUCUGUUCUUUGCACUCUUCCCCCUCCCCACAAGAUUUUGUAUUCAGGGUAAUUAUUGUUUUCUGCACACCCUUUCACUGAGGCAUAAGAAUUGGGUUUCCCCUUCAGUAGCUCUACUGUACCUUGUUAAAGAACAUCUACAUAAUCGCCACAGGACUGCCUGUGAAGCCACAGGGCACUGGGAGGAAGCCUAGCCUAGCAAAACCCCCUUUCUGAUAAAUUGUUGUGACACUUUCCUGCACACUGUGAGCCGGGCAUUGUUUCCUUUGUGUGUGUGUCCGUAGAAAGCACACUCACUGACAGCACACAAAUCUUAAAACCCCUUUAAAAAGCAGUGUAAGGAAAAGAAAUUGUUGGUUUGCCUAACAUGAAAACUUUAAUCACAAUUGAGUGUCAGGCCCAAAAUCAAACUGUGUAAGAAUUUCUGACCAGAAUCCCAAUCUGGCCUUUUCAACAAAAGCCCCAUGAUUUGUCCUGAGAGGAAACCUUAUAUUUCUGAUGCAUAGAGGAGGCAAUGUUUAUUACUUGUAUGGCAUGGAGCUUCUUCCAUGUUUACCCACUUUGGAUUCUCCAAAUUAAUUCUCACAUCUUUUGUUAAGUGAGCCCUGUCUCCUGCCUUGCAUCCUCUCUGAAGAUGGAUGGUCUUCCAGCCUAGGCAUCUUUUCCCUUCGUUCGCAUUGCACACUGUUGCCAGAAGCACGCAGGCACUCAUACCAUUGAACUUGAGUGCGUCUCAGUCCUGCUUACCUGUGUUAUUAGAUACUGGAGUAUACCACCAAAAUAACAUGGUUUCGUUGGAAGAAAACCUUCCAGAGCGUCACAUCUACUCCCAAGUGCUCCAAUUCCCCUCUCAACUUUGCCCCACAUCCUGGUAAUUUUCAUUGAGUAGGGUCCUCCCUCGUGUGGACUUGGCUUUAGAGUCACAGGACCCAGGCAGCCUCUGUACUUCUCAGAAGGGUGGGUUUUUAAUUCCCCUUGCACUGUGGGAAGGAGAGAUGGGGCUGCUCCAAGCUUUCCACAUGCAUUUGUAAACAAAAUUCCCCAUUCAGAGAUUUUAAAUGGCUCCCAGGAGCACCUGUUUAUAAAAGUCGUGGCCUCCACUUGCAUUGCUAAACACUCAACCAAAAUAAUUAGCUGUCAGAGUUUGAGAGGUACUUCUUUUCUGAACUUUAAGUCCCUCAACAGUUUCACUCCUCAGGGUAUUGGAUCCUUAUCGAAAGAUCCCAGGACAUGUUUGUCUAAAUAACCUGCAUCUCUCUGAACAGUUUCUAAACUUGUUUUAAAAUUAUAACUCAAGGAUUUAAAACUUAUUCUGGACAUGAAAUUCCUUUUUAUAAUAUAAGUAUUUUUCUGGUAGAUUAGCAAAAAGGAUAUAAUUGACUUUAUUAUUAUAAUUGUCAUAUAUAUAA